AUGAGUUCUUCCCCAAAUAUCUCUGCUGCCACUAUCUCCGACAUCAUAGUCGCUGAUGCCCAUACCUACCUCAACAUCAACAUGAGUAAUGUCUCCAAGCUUACUCCGUCAAACUAUCUCAUGUGGCUUCGUCAAGUCCAUUCUCUCCUUGCUGGGUAUGGUCUUGUCGGUCACCUUGACGGCACUACUGCCGCCCCACCCACCACCAUCACCGUUGACAACGUCUCCGCUGACAAUCCCGAGUAUCAGAUCUGGCUUUGUCAAGAUCGCUUGAUCUAUAGCGCUCUUCUUGGCGCUAUCUCUAUCUCUCAACAACCCAUUGUUACUCGCGCCAACACUGCCCACGAAGUCUGGCAAACCUUGGCCUCCACCUAUGCGAAUCCCAGCCGUGGCCAUAUCCGCCAAUUGAAGACUCAACUUAAGCACUGGACCAAAGGUGACAAGUCGAUUGAGACUUAUCUUCAAGGUCUAGUUACCCGCUUUGAUCAACUUGCCAUUCUAGGCAGACCUGAGGAGCUUGAGGAUCAGAUCGAAAAGAUCCUUGAGGGCCUUCCGGAGGACUACAAGCCUGUCAUUGACCAAGUUGAGGGUCGAAACACACCGCCGUCCAUCACCUACCUCCAUGAAAGACUCAUUAACCAUGAGUCGAAACUCCUUGCUGCUGCCUCUCACUACUUGCCUCAUGCUCCCACCUCUGCAAACGUUGCUCAGCAUCAAUCCUCAAACUCGCAUCGCUCUUCGAACCGCAACAAAGCCGCUAACACCAACUAG